UUUCACUUUUCAUAUAAUAUUAUAUAGACUAGUCUCAAAAUCUAUCAUUAGUUCAAAUGAAUCUUUCCAAACAAUACAUGCCUUUACCAAAACAUUUAAGUGAAAUUAUGAUGCUAUUUUGUAAACACAAUAAUUUACGACAACCUUUCAGAUUGAAAUCGACAGUUAAGUGUUCUGAUAUUUCUUAUUGUGUUGACCUUGUCAGAAAAAGUGACUAUGAAAACUAUCUUGGUACGUUGCUUCUUCCUAAGUCAUCACAAAGAGCUGCAUUUGCAAUCAGAGCUUUUAAUAUUGAGCUAGCUCAGGUACGUGAUACUGUUUCAGAAAGAAGAAUUGGUCUGAUGAGGAUGCAGUUUUUGAAAGAUGCAAUGGACAAAAUUUAUCAGUCUGAGAUUCCAAACACACCAGUAGCUACUGAGUUGGCAGGGGCAUGUGGUUAUUAUAAAUUGUCUAAGAGAUGGUUUCAUCGUAUGAUAGAUGCAAGGACUUCACUUUUACACUCAGAUAGUUUCAAUACCGUGAAAGAUGUUGAAGACUAUGCUGAAAAUGUCAACUCUUCCUUGUAUUAUCUCCUUUUGGAAUGUCUAGGGAUAAAAAACAUACAUUCUGACCAUGCUGCGAGUCACCUGGGUAAAGCACAAGGCAUAGUCACAGUACUAAGGGCUUCUCCUUAUCAUGCUUCUGUAAGACAAGUUCAAAUACCCAUGGAGAUCCUAACCAAGCAUAAGAUUUCUCAAGAAGAUAUUAUUCGUGGUAAGAGUUCUCAGCCUCUUAAAGAUGCAGUAUUUGAGUUGGCUAGUACAGCUAAUCUACAUUUGACAAAGUCUAGAUCUCUCAUGUCAUCACUACCUCAAGGCUGCUAUUUGGCAUUCCUCAAUGCUUGUGUCUGUGAUCAUUACCUCAAGAGUCUUCAGAAAGUAGAUUUCAACAUCUUUGAUGGCAAGUUACAACAGAAAAAUCCUCUUUUAGCAUACCAAAUGUUUAUCAAGAAGUUAAGACGGCAGUAUUGAUUGUAGUUUCAUGUCAUUUUGUUUAAAUAGUUCAAUGCUAGUUCUAUAGAAACUGUAGACCAUAAUGUGAUGACUGUGCAAUGUAACCCAAGUUCUACAACCCUAAUGGUUUCAUGUUUAUGGAACAUUUCUAUUGUAAUUGUUCCAUAAGUGAAGUUGUUAAGUCUUAAAAAAGAUAGAUGCUAAACUGAAAGUAUUGUUCAUUGUGACAGAUUUUUAAUCUCUGAUACAGAAAUCUUACAAAUCAUCAAAUAGCAAAUAUAUUCACUAAAGCAAGCAGUUUUUCUUCUUUUAUAGUCCCUGCUUCAGUUAAGUCCCACUUAAAUUAUUUAGUAUGAUUGUUAAUACAUAUUUGUUUUAAUGACUGCUAACAAAAUUAAUUGUUAUUGUUAAAAGAACAAUACCCCCUUCGAUCAAUAAUAACAUUAUACAUGAUGUACACAAAUAAAGACCUUAGAGCUAGUUGAGAAUUGUUUCAAUUCUUUCCACAAAAGUCAUCAUGUAAAAUAAAAAAAAAAUUUACAUUUUUGCUCUGUCAUCAUCAUCAUAAUUAAACUUGACUGAGUUGGGGGCUUAAGAGACUCAAACCCUCUCUUGUAAAAGCCCUGGAUAGAAAUUGAUGUUGCGUGUAAUGCAUGUCGCCAUACAGGUCAACUACAUGUGACUUCUCAGACCUUUCGAGACAAAAUUAAGUGUGUAGCAGACAGUCACCUGAUGCUAUAUUUUUUUCUUUGUUUAUUUUCCAUCAAAUCGUUUCUCUUUUUUUUAUCAACUAUUGUAUCACAUCACCAAUUUACACACACAACACUGAAUACACCAUUGCAUUGGUAAUGAAUGAUCUAGUGGCAGGAACAUACUUAGAAAAAAAAAACGUUUCAUAAAUUAUUUCUAAAGCAUAAUCCACUAUGAUGACAAUAAAAAUGCAUGUUUUUUUAAUAAUUGGAAGUUUGUUGAUGGAUAUUUUAAGUAUCAAAAUGGCACCUGUCCUAAAGAACUUUAAGCUGUUAAAAUACAGUUCUGAGAAGUGUUGGACAGUGCACGUCACUGAAAAGCCUAUUCUUUGGUUAUACCCAGCUUUAGAUCUUAUGCAAGCACACCAAUCACAUGAAAUUCAAUGUAACAAGAUUUCUCUGUUCAUGUACACUGUUAAUUUUAUGUAUAUGUAUAAUGAACAUGUGGUGAUCUAAGGCUGACAUUAAUAAAAGUAAAAUGUUUGAUUUUGUACUUACACAACUAACAUGUAUGUGAGAUGCAUUAAAUUUAUUUGAAUAACUAAUAGAAAACU